AUGACGCCGAGGGGAGAUGGCUCUCGCUCUCUCGCCUCCUCCUCACUCGCUUCAGCUCAGACUGCCCCAGCUGCAGCUCAGAGGCGCUCUUACAAGCCCACGCGAGCCCGCCAUGGACUCUGCGGCGCCCGCGUCUCUCGCGCACGACCUCGAGGUCCUGUUCAACCUCGUGUCGCGCUUCGUCGUCUGGGCUCUCCACACGGGCAUCGCCUGGGUGCGCACACUCUCCCUAGAGCUCUCACACAUCGAGCACACCUGACCCUGCCCCUCGCGCGACAGUCGACCCGCGUUCUCGCGUUCGCGACCCUCACCGUCCCGACCGCCCUCUUCUCUCUCCUCCACUACUCGGCGUCCCUCACCUUCCACCUCACGUUCGUCAAGAUCCUCGCCUUCCUCCUCAUCCUUACCACGAUCGUCAGCUGGAUCUACAAGGUCCGGUACCUCAACCGCUACACCCAGCUGCGCGACUUGCCCGGCGGCAGCCGCAUCAAGGGCGACGAGGGCUUUGACCUGCAUCCCGACCUGGCCACCGACCAGGCCCCGAACGGCUUCCACAACUACCUCGACGAGUUCUUGUCCGCCAUCAAGGUCUUUGGCUACCUCGAGAAGCCGGUCUUCCACGAGCUCGCUCGGCACCUCCAGACGCGCCGACUCGUCGCCGGCGACACGCUCGACCUCGCCAAGGACAAGUCGUUCUACAUCGUCGUCGACGGCAGCGUCGAGGUGUACGCGCGCAACCCGUCGGACAAGACGGGCGGCUCGUCGGCGUCGCCGGCCGACGACGGCUACGCGACCGACGAUGACGAGGGCGGCAAAGGGUGGCAGCUCCUCAACAACGUCGAGAGCGGCGGGACCCUGUCGAGCCUGUUUACGAUUCUGAGCCUGUUCACCGAGGACGUCAAGCUCCGGUACGAGGAGGACGGCCAGCCGGGCGACGACUCGUCCGACGACGGCAUGGGCCCGCACCACCGCCCCGACGCCGACCCGCUUGUCGCGCACCUCGCGCCGCGCGAUGCCGACCCUGUCGACGCUCGGCAGCGCGAGCGCCGGCGGCACGCGCCGCCCGUCCCUGUCGCGCCCGACGGCGCUCCCGCACCGGCCCUCGCUCGCCGCACGCCAUCCGCCCUACGCCGCCCGCAAGCAGUCGGCGAGGCGACCAUCGCGAGGGCGGCGACCGACACGACGCUCGCCGUCAUCCCGGCCGAGGCGUUCAGGAGGUUGACCAAGAAGUUCCCCAACGCGGCAGCGCACAUCGUCCAGGUCAUCCUCACCCGCCUCCAACGCGUCACCUUUCUCACGGCGCACAAGUACCUCGGCCUCACGCGCGAGGUCAUCCGCACCGAGCAGGCCAUCAACGACCUCGCGUGCUACCCUCUGCCCUCGGCCUUCUGGGAGUCGGGCGGCAUCCAGCGCCUCCGAGCCCGCUUCGUCCCCGAGACCAAGCUCAACGGGCCCGGCGCCGACGGCGACAGCGGCGACGAGGGCGAGCACGACGACUACUUCUCGAUCGGCCGCCGGCUCGCGAGCGCGGGUUCGGGCGGCAAGCGCGGCGGGGCGCGCAGCGGUGGCGGCGGCGGUGGCGGUGCAGCAGCAGCAGCAGGCGCCAAAGGUCGUCGAGCAGUCGCAGGCGGCGCAGGACGGCGCUCCAACGUGCCGCUCGAGACGCCGUACGCCGGUCCGCGCAUGGGCGACGCGGGCGACCUGCUCACGAUGAGCGCCGUCACGGACGGCCUGCGCGGCGUCGGGAGCCCCGUCGUCCAGACGCCGAGGCUCGAGCGCCUCAAGUCGACGGCGGUCGGCGGCGGCGGCGGGGCGGGAGGAGGAGCAGGAGGAGGCACGACGAGCUCGGGCGAGGGGACCGAGUUCGACCUGCGCGGCGCCGUCAUGGAGUCGAUCUCGAAGGCGAUCGGCCUCGUCCAGCCGCACGUCGCCGCGUCGUCGGUCGAGGCGUCGCCGCUCGUGCGCGCGACCGAGCACCACUCGCGCCCAAGCGGCCUGCGCGACCAGGCCGCGUUCAACUCGUCGUUCGGCUCGCUGUCGUUCCUCGGCCUGCAAGGGCUCCACGACGACGAGUCGUCCGUGUCGUCGGCGUCGGCGUCGGCGCUGUCGGCCCUCGGGACGCACGGCGGACACGGCGGCGCGCAGAGCUUUGCGAGCAUGGACCUCGAGAACGAGGUCGAGAUCCUGUACUUUCCCAAGGGGAGCGUCCUCGUCAAGGAGGGCGAGCGAAACGCCGGCCUGUACUUUGUCAUCGAGGGCUUCCUCGACGUCAGCAUGCCCGAGGCCGAGUCGACCCUGUCGUCCAAGGGCCGCACCGCCGAGCAGCGCCGCGACGACGCCAACAAGGCGGCUUCCGCGGGCCCUGCGCCCGCCGCCUCUACCGUCCCACCUGCACCACCGCCCAAGCCCAAGUCGAUCCCGCUGUUCACGGUCCGCCCUGGCGGCAUCGCCGGCUACCUGUCGUCCCUGUCGGGCUUCCCUUCGUACGUCGACAUCGUCGCCAAGACCGAGUGCUAUGUCGGCUUCCUGCCCGCCAAAGCCCUCGAGCGCAUCAUGGACCGCAAGCCCAUCGUCCUCCUCACGCUCGCCAAGCGCCUCAUCAGCCUCUUGUCGCCGCUCGUCCUCCACAUCGACAGUGCGCUCGACUGGAUGCACGUGAGCGCCGGCCAGGUUAUCUACCGCCAAGACGACGACGCCGACUCGUUCUACAUCGUCAUCAACGGUCGCCUGCGCUCCAUCGUCGACCGUCAAGGCGGCGGCGUCUCGAUCCAGGCCGAGCACGGUCAAGGCGAGUCGGUCGGCGAGCUCGACUGCAUCACGGCCUCGCCGCGCCCGUCGACGCUUCACGCCAUCCGCGACACCGAGCUUGCGCGCAUGCCCAUGACGCUCUUCAACGCAAUCUCGGUCCGCCACCCGCUCGUCACGAUCCAGAUCAGCCGCAUCAUCGCCGCGAGGCUGAGGAGCCAGGUCGCGCGCGAGGCGAGGAUGGUCGGCGGCCUGCCCAAGGAGCUCGGCGCGCCCGGCAUGGGCGACGGCAGCAUGGGCAAGAACAACUUCAACCUCAAGACCGUCGCCAUCAUCCCGACCAACCGCCACGUGCCCAUCUCCGAGUUCGCGAUCAAGCUGCACCAGGCGCUCGAGUCGAUCGGCGCCCCGACCUCGUACCUCAACCAGGCGACCGUCAUGCAGGUCCUCGGCCGACACGCCUUCAGCCGCAUGGGCCAGCUCAAGCUCGCCGGGUGGCUCGCCGAGACCGAGCAGAAGUACCGCAUCAUCCUGUACGUCGCCGACACGGCCGUCUCGGCGCCGUGGACCCAGACGUGCAUCCGCCAGGCCGACUGCAUCAUGGUCGUCGCCGACGGCGGCGCCGACCCGGAACUCGGCGAGCACGAGAAGCUCCUCGUUGGCAUGAAGACGACGGCGCGCAAGGAGCUCGUCCUCCUCCACGCCGAGCGCAACGUCGUCCCCGGAACGACCCGUCGCUGGCUCAAGAACCGGUCCUGGGUCCAUGCGCACCACCACGUCGAGAUGCUCGGCGCGACGCCCGAGGUCGACCGCUCGUCCGUCGACGACCCGGCCGCCGUCGUCGCCCUGCGCAAGAUCGCCGCCCGCGUCGAGCUCCAGAUCAACAAGUACAAGAAGGUCGGCCCACGUCCUGCGCCGUCCCGUGCGCCGGCGCAGAGCGACUUUGCGCGCCUCGCGCGCCGCCUGUGCGGCAAGUCGAUCGGACUCGUCCUCGGCGGCGGCGGCGCUCGCGGCAUCUCGCACCUCGGCGCGCUCCAGGCGCUGCAGGAGCGCAGCAUCCCGAUCGACAUGGUCGGCGGGACGUCGAUCGGCGCGUUCGUCGGCGGGCUGUACGCGCGCGAGGGCGACCUCGUCUCGGCGUACGGGCGCGCCAAGCGGUUCAGCGGGCGCAUGUCGACCCUGUGGCGCAUCCUCACCGACCUGACGUACCCUGUCGUCGCCUACACGACCGGUCACGAGUUCAACCGCGGCAUCUACAAGUCGUUCUACGGCACCCACAUCGAGGACAUGUGGAUCCCCUUCUUCUGCAACACGACCAACAUCACGCACUCGCGCAUGGACGUCCACACGUCGGGCUACGCCUGGCGCUACGUCCGGGCGUCCAUGUCGCUCGCAGGCCUGCUCCCGCCGCUGUGCGACGAGGGCGACAUGCUCGUCGACGGCGGCUACGUCGACAACCUGCCCGUCUCGGUCAUGCUCGCCCAGGGCGCCGCGAGCGUGUUCGCGGUCGACGUCGGGAGCGUCGACGACACGAGCCCGCGCAACUAUGGCGAGAGCGUCAGCGGAUGGUGGCUGCUCAUCCAGCGGUGGAACCCGUUCGGCAAGGCGCCCAACGUGCCGAGCAUCACCGAGAUCCAGGCUCGCCUCACCUACGUCUCGUCGGUCAAGACGCUCGAGGAGGCCAAGGCGACCCCGGGCGUCCUCUACAUGCGCAUGCCCGUCACCCAGUUUGGCACGAUGGAGUUCAAGCGGUUCCCCGAGAUCCUCGGCGCCGGCCUCGAGUUUGCCAACGAGCUCCUCGACGAGUGGCGCGACAAGGGCGAGCUCCCGACCGGCAUGGAGGGCGACGGCGAGCCUGUCAAGAAGCAGAAGCGCGGACAGAGCAUCCGGAGGAACUCGAUCUGAGCGAGGUCGAGCGCAGCGUUUUCUCGUCGAUAGAUCUCCUUGUCACUUUCAGUUUCUGGUCACCCUCACUCGCACCCUCGCAAGGCACACUU